AUGGAUCCUAAAUUACUAACGCUUAUUUUGCCCAAACCAAUGCCAUCUUAUCAAAGACGGAAUGAUCAUGUUUUCUUCGGCAAAGAUUUUGUUUCGAAUGUUAAUUCAGUAGGCUUCGAAGAUUUAGGCGAUGGCUAUGGUAAAGACUACAAUAAUAUCUACUUUAUGGGUAAGAUAGUGGAGAAAGGUCAACCAUACGGCUUCAAAGUACUUCGUGACGGCUAUGCUAUGGACCACGAUCAUGUCUACUUUUUGGGCACGCUAGUGAAGGGUGGUCGACCAUAUGGUUUUGAAGUACUCCGUGAUGGAUACGCCAAAGAUUAUAGCAAUGUCUACCAAUAUGGACUGCUCAUAAAGAAUGUUUUACCUUUCGUUUUCCAGCCACAAUAG